CAAGUCUAAAACCCAAAAUAGUUCAUUGCAAUAUUGCAUUAACCUGUCGUCGUGCCAUAAGUGAUAUUGUUCCGGAAUUAAAAAAAAAAUAAUAUUCAGGAAUGCAGUAUAAAGAGCGAAAAAACACAACCAAUAUGCGUCUCUGGGACAACAUCCAUUGAAUUUUGGAAACAUCGGUUCAGAUCUUGUCACAAAGCUAUAAUUUUCUCCUACAUCCCUACCGCUUAUCAACUCCAUAAUUAUUAAACAGCUCUUCAAGCUGCAAGCAGACAAUGAUUUUUAAGCAUCUAUCCGAUGCAUUUGUUUAAGCAAAGAAAAAACUCAAAACAAAGCCCCUAAAUCAACGAGAAAUAGAUAUUUGUUAUUUACGUACCAUCUUCUUGACGCGAAAGCAAUUCAGCACAAAAAAUGACUGUUAUUGCUGGUGGACAUGGUGAGCCAAAUCCUAAUGCUUCCUGGCUGGGUGCCCGGGGAAUGUGGUUGGCCUAUAUUUUGGGUGUUUUAUCGGCCCAUUUGAUAUUACUCUCAAUACCGUUUAUCUCAAUUCCAUUGGCUUGGACCAUAACCAAUUUAUUGCACAAUGCGGCCCAUUUAUAUUUCCUGCAUAUUAUCAAGGGUGCCCCCUGGUUCUCCAUUGAAAAUGAUUCUCGGGGUCGUUUGACCCACUGGGAACAAAUCGAUGAUGGUGAACAGUUUACCACAACCAGGAAAUUUUUAACAGCCAUGCCCAUUUUGUUAUUCCUUUUGACCUGUCUGUAUACUCGCAAUGACACGGAUCAUUUCAUUGCCAAUUUUAUUUCAUUGGUUGUGGUUACAUUGCCCAAACUUCCGCAAUUCCAUGGCGUGCGUUUAUUCAAUAUCAAUAAAUAUUAAACAGCUUUUUGGGACCUCUGCAGAGUAUCUAUUUUAUAGUAGUCAAUAUUUCUUCUUGAUACCGAGAUUAUGUAAUUUUCACUAGUUAAAUUUCGCAAAAGAAAAAGUGAUCCUAACAAAAAAAUUUUAAAUUAUGAAUCUAAAUAGUUUCAAACUAGUUAUGAUAUAUUUAAAGACAACUUAUUGGGAGUUUUAACAAAGAAUAUUUCAGUGAAGAAAGAAACUAGGCUUUUAAAGAGCAAGAUACUGAUUUUGUUUCUUUCUUGAAUUAGGGAUUUCUUCAUGAAAUUUUCUUUAUCUAACUCCCAAGUUAUAUUUCUCGCUAUAUUACAGUUAAUAUUACAAGCUAACCAGCUUAAAAAGGUUUAUUCCAUAUUUAAAUAUUGUUUUUUUUUUUUUUCAUUUUUAUUAUCUCACACAUAAUAUUUACGACUCUUUGUUUACGAGUUUAUCUUAACAAACCAUUUAGCCAGCUAAUCUCCUUUCCUUUCAGAUUAAUAGCAGUUUUUUGUUUUGUUCAGUUCAUUUGGAACUGAUAAUAAUGACGAUAAAGUAACUGACAGAAAGAGAAUAACUUAAUAUUUUUUAUUUCGUCCCAUAUUAAAUCAUGCCUAUGUAAUUAAUACCUAUUAUUAGUAACUCAAAGUUAUAAAAUGUAAAUAUAUGGUAAAAAGAUGAUAAAA